AUGAAGAUGCUCAUUGAGCUGAUCAACGACUCCGAUCUCACCUUCCAGCUGGAUGGUGAGUGGCUUAAAGCCGGGGAGUUCAAAUCCGAAAAAUCGACAGCGAUUGCCCCGAAGACAACAACCACCGUGGAGAUCACGCCCUCCACGGUGGAAGGCAUCUCUGGUGUGGCGUGGUGGGUCGAUACCACCGGGCGGAAUGUGUACAUAUCCAUGGCCAUGACGAGGCCCCGCCUCGGGCGGUCGUUCUUCACCUGCCACGCUGGAGUCCCGCCUCCAAACCUGAAGACGGCGCUGUCGUCGGCAGCCAAGCUUGAGACAUCACAGGAGCCCGGCAGCUUCACAGGAGCCGGUCCUGGAUGCGAGUGGGUUGGCACGGACGACGGCGUUGCCGUGAGGAUCUUGCCCGAGCUGGAGGAAUUCGAACCUCUCAGUGCCGCCGACCUCUCGCCCAAGGAUGUGGGCGAGGAGCCCGUAAACGCCUCGGGGGCCGAGUGCACCGAAAUCGUGCCCGAAGCACAACCAGGCUAUCCCGCCCGGAAGGACGAGGGUGGUGAUUUCAUGGCGCUGACGAGACCGAAGGGGGUCUACCGGUGGAUGCGCUUCCCGGGCUUUCACUCCCCGCGGGAGUGGCAGGAGGACUGGUGA